AAAAUCAUCAAGAAGACAAGAAAGCCAUGUCGGGCAGGCCCAACGGUAGUCCGCCCCCCUACGAGUCGGAUGGCUACGCCGAGCCCCCUCAGCCGGCGUACUCGUACUACCCCGACGACGAAUUCCAGCACUUCUACCGCUGGACGUCCCCCCCGGGUGUGCUGAAGAUCAUGUCCAUCCUGGUCGUCGUCAUGUGCGUGGCCAUCUUCGCCUGCGUGGCCUCCACCCUGGCGUGGGACUCGCAGGGGGCGCUGUCGGGCUUCGGCGGCGGCGGCGUAGGCGGCUAUCCGGGGAGCUACGCCGGGGGCGGCAGUUACGGCUCCUUCGGGGGCGGGGCCUACGGACCCGGCAACAGCUACGGCGGGCUGGGCGGGAACUACAACGACCCGCGUUCGGCCAAAGGCUACAUCAUCGCCAUGGCGGCCAUCACUUUCAUCGCCGCGCUGGCCGUCUUCAUCAUCAUCGUGUCCGUCUCGGAGAGUAGGAGGUUCUACCUGGCCGUGGCGGUGAUCUGUGCCAUCUUGGCGCUGCUAAUGCUGAUCGCCGCCAUCGUCUACCUCAGGGGUUGGGGACCCCUGGUCUACCUGAUGGCCGUCAACCCCACCGCGCAGUCGCAGGGCUCCGUCUACGGCAGCCAGAUUGCCGGCCUGUGCGCUCAAUACCAGCGGCCACAAGCGCCGGGGGUCUUCGUCAAUCAGUACCUCUACCACUACUGCGUGGUGGAGCCGCAGGAGGCCAUCGCUGUAGUGUUUGGCUUUUUGGUGGCGGUCGCCCUUAUCAUCAUGGUGGUGUUUGCGGUCAAGACGCGCAAGAAGAUCAUCAACUACGGCAAGAGCAACAUCCUCUGGAAGCGCGUCAAGGUGAUGGAGGACGGAGACCCCCCGCAGGACGUGGAAGCAUGGGUGAACAACGUGUCUGUGCCGCCCGAGGAACUCCCCAUGGCCGAGUACCCGGAGAAGCCGAGGACGGACGAGGCCAGCGACUACAGCAAACCUCGCUACGGCUACACGCCGCCACCGAUGGAGGAGGACCUACCGGUGCGUAAUGGCGUUCCUUACAGCGCCGGCUCGGAUGUUCCCAGCUCGACCGGGAGGGCCAACAGGAGGCGCGGCGACCCCGACGCCGACUACGCCUCGUCGGGAGAUGAGUUGGAAGACGACGACGCAGACUUCUACAGCGAGUUCCCGCCCAUCGUCAAUGAGCAGGAGCGAAAUGAGUACAAGCGGGAGUUUGACCGCCACCAUCUGGAGUACAAAGACCUCCGGGCGGAACUGGACGCCAUCAACAAGAAACUCAGCGAAGUCGACCGAGAGCUGGACCGACUGCAGGAGGGAAGCCCGCAGUACUUGGAUGCUCUGGACGAGUACAACAGGAUCAAGGACAUGAAAAAGUCGUCGGACUAUCGCGCACGGAAGAGACGAAGCAAGUACCUAAAGGCCAAACUCAAUCACAUCAAGAAAAUGGUUGGGGACUACGACCGCAGGGCCUGAGAGGCGCUCACGUGACAUCGAGGGAAGCUCUUAUGACAUCAUCAUCAGGUCCACACCCAACUAAAGUUCUUCCUCAAAGCUAUGAACUCUUUUGAUCAAAAACCAUAACAAGCCAAGUUGUUAAGUUUGAACUUUUUAUUAUGAAAUGUCAUUUUAUUCCCGGUGGGUUGUUUUGAAUUGAGUCUCGUACUUUUAGUGUUCUUUAUGUUGCCUUUUUUAUGAGAAUUAAAUCUUCAUUUAGCAUAUGUUAUUUGCGAACUUUUUUGCUUUUUCUUGUAAGGCCACGAGGUAGCAGAAUUUGUCAGUGUUUUACUCUAUGGCAGUGGUUCUUAACUGUGUUUCGGUGAGUAAGCCUCAGGAGCAGAGGCGUAGCAAUGGACCCCGGUGGGCCCCAGGCAGCAAGCAACAUGGGGCCCUUUGAGCGGUGCAAGUAAGGGGGACAGUUGGACUUGGAGCAAUAGAAGAAAGAGUAGCAACACAAAAAUACCACUAUCGGAUGCGGAAUUGUGUGAAAUCAGUAGUCAGAUUGUCCCUAGGACCCACCAAAUUCAAAUUAUUCCGUAAAAAUCACAGAUUGGUGGACUACCGAGCGGAAUGAAUAUUAAGUUUGCUAAUAAAAUUGUUUAGGAUUAUUUUAGAUAUAUAUGUUAAUAUUUUUCUUAGCGAGUAUUCGACGAGGAAUACGAUAUAACCAUUAAUAGACUUUUUUGGGAAAAAAAAAAAUCACCAUUUGUUUAAGUAGUCACAUGAAUAAUGAUUUGGCCUGUGAAAAUAAACACAAAACAACUCGGCAAGGACUUUCAAGAGAGUUCUUAGUGAUUCACUCUUUAAACAAUUAUGUGGUAUUAAUAGCUGAUUGGACUUUCUUAAACAUGUAUCAUUUACGUGACAUGGUUAGUCCUGAUUGGGAUUGAUAACAGAAUCGUUAGAUAAUCUGCCAAAUGAUUCCAUGGUAUUGAAACACUCCCUACACUUGUUGCUGCGACAGUGCAGUAAAGCUGUGUGUGCUAAAUCUGUUGGCCCUUGCUGGCUGGGGGCCCUAGGUAAUAUCCUGGUUUGCCUAAUGGGAUGCAACGCCUCUGCAGGAGUUCGGUGAAGGUUAAGACAUGCAGAGCCCUAUUUUGUACGCUGACUAAAUCUAGACAAAGUGGCGUUUUAGACCAGGUUUUGGACUAGUUUGCCCUCAAUUUACAGGCUUUAUUCCAUUUCCUUCAACUGCUACCCCUCUACCUAAUGGGAGGAGAAAUCUGUUUGCUCAGUGGAAGUUUGACUGGCACUUGGUAUGAGGAAAUAUAACAGAACUACAGACAGCGUGAACUGCGUAGAUAGUUUUUUAAAAAUUUCGUCAUUUUACGUCAUAAAAAUAGUAUGUGAUGCAAGGAUGUGACAAUAAAAUGUAAACAUGAAAACAAAAAAGGAACAGUGUGAAAUAAAAUGAGUUACAUUUUAUUGACCAAUGUGAAAAUCUGCAGCAAAAGGCAAAAUUAUUUGUAGUAAAUUUAAAAUCUGGAAGAAAUUCACUUAGAUGUUAGCUUGCUAGAAUUUGGAUUUCGUAAAAAAAAAAAGAUGGCUUUAUCAUGAAAUUCUGAAGUGGCAUGUAUACAAUAAAAUGUAGCAUGAAACCAUUGUUAAAAUCAUUAUUUUUUACUUUUGAACUCGGUGAGAAGAAUACUCAAUGACUAACAUUGUGAGUAAUUGUUUAAGAUGUUUGAUUUUCUUUUUCAAACAAUAGUAUUCUUUUUCUAUAUGAACUGUUAUUAUUAAACUGUACUAUACCAUAUUACACAACCACAUUAAGCCAAAUAAAUACAACAACAACAAAAAACAUUGAAUUCCGGCAAGAGAGAAAAAAACAUCUGCAGAAAUGAAGCAUUAUUUUUCCAAAGGGAAUGAGAGCCCUCUAGAGGAGACAACAUAUUUCCUCAUAUGAAAGUAAAAGGAUCAUAUCUCCGUUUUUUUGUGGUCAAUCGGUCCGAAAUAAAAACUGGAAAAGAGGUUAAAUUCCGUGCUUUCAAGUCAUGUUGACAGUGGUGCUCCAUGUCAAAUACUUCAUUUUUUUUACGGUGCCAUGUGAUUGAACAGGCUGGCGUGAUCAUAGAACGCCAAGCUUGAGUAUUUUUUAUGUAUAUGGCGGAAAACACAGACAAGGCUGAAAAAGCAGUUUUUGCUCUUGCACCCCUCUUUAAAAUAAACUGCUCUAUUUUAAGCCAAAGGAACUGUUGUGUUUGACAGAACAAUAUGUCUAUAUGCUGCCAUAGCGGAUUCAUGGUGCGCUAAGCCUCCGAACUAUUUUUAAUUUGUCCAUUUUACCCUGGAAAUCUCCGUUUACAGACGUUGCGCAAGCGCUUUAGUUUCAACCUAGCCAUAAAAAGAAGGUAAGUAAUUAUAUUUAUUAUUCAAAUGUCUGUCAUUUUUAGCUUAGAAUCAUUAAUUAAUGUCUAAUAUUUAGUUUAAAAAAAAAACGACUUAAAAAAAUUAUUCACUCGCAUAUUUUAAACAAAUUAUGUCACAAUGACAAAUUUGGCGUCUGUAAAUAAGUCACGGAUAUCUACCUCAUAACUAUCGCUUAAUUGUAUUUUUUUUUUUUGUUACUUAUCACAUUUUGUUAGAUGAUAAACAUAGACAUACUAUGUUAGAUGAUAAAGAAUUGAUCCAAACAACAACAAAAAAGUAACGUUUAAAAGGGUAAAUAUAUGAAAAAAAAUCUCAACCAUUCCUUGUUGUCUGCAAUUUCUGCAUCGCGACCCUUGUUAUAUCACCAUGUUUCACCCAUAAUAUCCCCCUAAAUUUCCGGCUGUGGCCAUUCACAGCUGUGUCUUGGCACUCGGUGAUACAUGCUACAUGGAGUUUUUGGAUCAAAAUAAGGUAAGUACGCGAUAAUAUCUUGUUAAAAUCGUGGCGUCUUUAACUCUGCUCUCGCCUCCAGUUAGGGUUUUGCUGUUUAAUUUUUUUUUUUUUAAAAUGCCCUCCUGUUCAAAAUUUUUCAUCCCUGAGAAAAUUGAGAUUUCAAGCUUUCCAAUGAUGUAUCACACAUGCAUAUAGGACCAUUUUGAAAUUUGGCCAAAUUGGGGGUCUCAGAGUGGAACUUCAAGUCACCUGACAGUUUUCCGCCAUAUAUACAGUAUAUGAUUGGUAUAAUUGGGUCAUGUGAUUAUUCUUGUGACGUCUCAUUGUUGAAACUGAUUCACCCACUGUUGUUAUUAGGGCUGUCAAAAUGAUCGCGUUAACGGGCGGUUAUUAUUUUUUUGAAUUAAUCACGUUAAAAUAUUUGACGCAAUUAACGCACAUGCACCGCUCAAACAGAUUAAAAUGACAGCACAGUGAUAUGUCAUUUUGUUAAUUGUGUUUUUGGGAGUUUUGUCGCCCUCUGCUGGCGCUUGGGUGCGACUGAUUUUUAUAGGCUUCAGCACCCAUGAGCAUUGUGUAAGUAAUUAUUGACAUCAACGAUGGCUGGCUACUAGUUUGAUUGAAAAUUUCACAAAUUUUAUUAAAACGAAAACAUUAAGAGGGGUUUUAAAUACAAAAUUCCUAUAACUUGUACUAACAUUUAUCUUUUAAGAACCACACGUCUUUCUAUCCAUGGAUCACUUUAACAGAAGGUUAAUG